AGAUAAAGGAAACACACUAAACAAAUAUACAAUGCCACAAGUGCAAGUGCAAGGUAAUGAACGUACUAAUAUGAACGUAAACUAUAAACAAAAAAGAGAAAAGUCAACUGAAAAUGCUUUAGGAAUGGUUUAUAAUAAUGGAAAUGAUACUGUUGAUAAGAGGAUCAUUGAUAAGAGAGUUAUCGAUAAGAGAAGUAAAAGUAACAUUGUUGAAACAGACAAAAACUCAACCAAAAUAGACACAUCCAUAAACAUUCCACCAAAGUCGUACUUAAAAAAUAAACCACUCAUAAAACAGUUAACAAAUAAAUUCGAAACAAAUAAAGAUGUACACCAUCAUAAUAGUACUAGCAAUAGUAAUGGUACUGGUAAUGGUACUGGUAAUGGCAGUAUGAACACGAGUAAGUAUAAUAACGGUAUACCUAAUUUGAACACCCCCCAUGAAAGCAAUAUAAAUAAUAUAUCCAAUCUAAAAAAAAAAAUAUUUAAUACAACUAAUAGUAGUAUGAAUAAUAACAAUGUCUUACAAAGUAUGAGCAGUAACAGUACUAGCACCACGUUCGAUUCUAACAAAGCAGUAACUAAUAGUGUACCAAAAAUAAAUCUUAGAUUCCCAUCACAAAAUCCACUAGAUGUAAAAAAAAAAAAUUAUUUAUAUGAAAGAAACACAAGCUCAAUACAUCAUGAAUUUAAAAAAGCAAACAUAAUUGAAAAACAAAAUAAAAAUAUCGAUUCUUCUUCAAUUAAUAAUCUUUCCAAACAUUCUUCGACCAAAAGAAAUAUAACAACUAAUUUUUUGUAUAAUAAAAAUGAAAAAAAAAAUAAAAUAUAAAGAAAUAUAAAAAUUAGAUAUAACGAAAGUUUACAACAGUGAUAAUAAUUUUUUAACACGGUGAACAUCGUUAUAAAGACAUGCUAAAGAAAAAA